UGUGCCGGUGCGCUCCUAGCGGCAGAGCAGUUGAAAUCAAAAAGCAGAGAGAGAAAGAAGGAGGAUGUUGGACUGACUUGUAGUGCGACUGUACUCUUACAUCGCUUUUAUCCCAGGCUUAGUACAUGGGUCUUUUGGGAGCUGGUUCCCGUUGUAAUAAAACAACUUUUAGGGAAUGCAUGAGAGCUGAAGGCUGGUUUCCAGUCAGAGUCUCAGCCGAGCCAUGUGUUGAACUGUGGAGACACCGCUGAAUAUUUGAAAGGUGCCAGAGACGCUUCCCGAGGAACCGAAUACCUGCGAGGAAGAGCCCAGCCUGCGUUUGUUUUCAAGUGUGGACAUACAGUAGAUUAAGUCUCUCCUCUCACAGCCUGUGUGGGCUUCCGUUUGUGUAGUAGCUCAUCUUGGAGAAAUAGCAGAUAUCACGGAUGAACUCGCGGGGCAAGUAGGGACCUUACUCCGAGAGUUUGGUCUGAAGCUUUGCUGGAUAUGAACACCCCCAGCAGCUCCGGAUGACAUGCUUUGAAAUGGAGCCUCUCAAUUUGUGGACAAUGAAACUGGCUUUUGUCAGUAACUAGGACCUUUACAUAACUCCCACAAACACGGAGUAGACUUGCCUGUCAUUUUGGAAAAACAAUUUUGCAGUGGAAUCGAGGAUCUGUGCGCCCGCCGUGGAUGGUUAAUAUGCUAGUAUGGGUCCGCUAGCGUUCAUCCUUGUUGGCGGAUUACUGUAUUUUCAAGUUGAUGGAUCCCGUCUGCGCCAGGAGGAUUCCCCACCCCGGAUUGUGGAGCACCCCUCUGACCUGAUCGUCUCCAAGGGGGAGCCCGCCACCCUCAACUGUAAAGCUGAGGGACGGCCAACCCCGACAGUGGAGUGGUACAAGGAUGCAGAGCGGGUGGAAACGGACAAAGACGACCCACGUUCCCACCGCAUGCUGCUGCCCAGUGGCUCACUCUUCUUCCUGCGCAUCGUCCAUGGACGACGGAGCAAGCCGGAUGAAGGAGCCUACGUCUGUGUGGCCCGGAACUACCUGGGAGAAGCCAUCAGCCGCAACGCCUCUUUGGAAGUAGCAUUGCUGCGAGAUGACUUCAGACAGAACCCGACAGACGUGGUGGUGGCCGCAGGAGAACCAGCAAUCCUUGAGUGUGUUCCGCCCCGAGGCCACCCUGAACCCACCAUCUACUGGAAGAAAGACAAAGUGCGAAUUGAUGACAAGGAUGACAGGAUAACUAUUCGAGGAGGGAAGUUAAUGAUCUCCAACACACGAAAGAGCGACGCUGGCAUGUACAUCUGUGUGGGAACCAACAUGGUCGGAGAGAGGGACAGUGAGACAGCACAAGUCACCGUGUUUGAACGACCGACCUUCCUCCGGAGGCCCAUCAACCAGGUGGUCCUGGAAGAGGAGACGGUGGAGUUUCGCUGCCAAGUACAGGGAGACCCUCAGCCAAAUGUACGCUGGAGGAAAGACGACGUUGAUGUCCCUCGUGGAAGGUACGAGAUCAAGUAUGACAAGGAUGACUAUUUGCUGAGAGUGAAGAAGGCUUCCAUUAACGACGAGGGCACGUUUACCUGUGUGGCAGAAAACCGCGUGGGCAAGCUGGAGGCCUCCGCCACUCUCACCGUCAGAGCUCGCCCUGUCGCUGCGCCCCAGUUUGUCAUUCGCCCAAGGGACCAAAUUGUGGCUCAAGGCCGCACUGCCACCUUCCCGUGUGAAACCAAAGGAAACCCUCAGCCUGCUGUCUUCUGGCAGAAGGAGGGAAGUCAGAAUUUGCUCUUUCCCAACCAACCGCAGCAGCCCAGCAGUCGCUUCUCGGUGUCACCCGGCGGAGACCUCACCAUCUCAUCUGUGCAGCGGGCAGAUGCUGGCUACUAUAUCUGCCAGGCCCUGACUGUUGCAGGCAGUAUCCUCGCCAAGGCUCAACUCGAGGUCACAGAUGUGCUCACAGACAGGCCGCCACCAAUCAUUCGCCAAGGCCCGUCCAAUCAGACACUUGGUGCGGACAGUGUGGCUCUGUUGAAGUGCCAGGCUUCAGGAGACCCUAUCCCCUCCAUCAGCUGGCUGAAGGAUGGGGUCAGUCUGCUGGGAAAGGAUGCCCGCAUGUCCCUGCAGGAGCUGGGCAGCCUUCAGAUAAAAAACAUCAAGCUUUCAGACUCUGGAAUCUACACAUGUGUGGCCACUAGCUCCAGCGGGGAAACAUCAUGGAGUGCUUACCUGGAAGUCAAAGAAGCAGGAGGAGUGAUAGUCAUGAAAACCCAUGAUGAGAAGGAGCUUCCAGGUCCACCAUCUAAGCCUCAGGUCACUGAUGUCACUAAGAACAGCGUGUCCUUGUCCUGGCAGCCUGGGAUGGCAGGAGCAUCACCUGUCUCCUCUUUUGUCAUUGAGGCAUUCAGUCAAUCGGUGAGCAACAGCUGGCAAACAGUAGCAGACCAUGUCAAAACAAACCAGUAUACUGUGAAAGGUCUCCGGCCCAACACCAUCUACCUGUUCAUGGUCCGAGCAGUCAACACCCAGGGCCUGAGUGAUCCGAGCCCCAUGUCUGAACCUGUCAGAACACAAGAUAUAAGUCCUCCUGCUCAGGGUGUCGACCACAGACAUGUGCAGAAGGAGCUUGGUGAGGUCAUAGUUCGGCUGCACAACCCGGUUGUACUGAGUCCCACAUCCAUUCAGGUCACAUGGACGGUGGAUCGCCAGUCCCAGUUCAUUCAGGGUUACAGAGUCCUGUACAGGCAGACCUCAGGACUACCUUCCCCUGGACCCUGGCAGAUGCAGGAAGUGAAGGUCCCUUCUGAGCGCAGCGUUGUCCUCUCUGCACUCAAGAAGGGCAUUGUGUAUGAGAUCAAGGUCCGGCCUUAUUUCAAUGAGUUUCAAGGCAUGGACAGUGAAUCCAGAACAGCGCGGACGACUGAAGAAGCUCCCAGUGCCCCUCCUCAGCAGGUUACAGUCCUGACCGUGGGAAGCCAGAACAGCACCUCCAUUAGCAUCUCGUGGGACCCCCCUCCAUCAGACCAUCAGAAUGGCAUCAUCCAAGAGUACAAGAUCUGGUGUCUAGGGAAUGAGACACGUUUCCAUGUAAAUAAAACCGUGGACGCAGCCAUUCGCUCAGUGGUGGUUGGCGGCAUGCAAGUUGGAGUGGUAUACCGUGUAGAGGUGGCUGCAAGCACAAGCGCUGGGGUUGGAGUGAAGAGUGAAGCUCAGUCUAUCAGCAUCGGUAAAGAAUUCCGGGACGUCAUUAUACAUGGAAACCGGAACAACAGCAUCACAGAACAGAUCACUGAUGUGGUGAAACAACCUGCCUUUAUUGCUGGUAUUGGAGGAGCCUGCUGGGUCAUCCUCAUGGGAUUCAGCAUCUGGCUGUACUGGAGGAGAAAGAAGAGGAAGGGUCUGAGCAACUACGCAGUUCAGUCCUUCACCUUCACCCCUGCAGUGACUUUCCAGAGAGUCGAUGGUGGUCUGAUGAGCAAUGGAAGCCGGCCGGGCUUGCUAAAUUCCAGUGACCCAGGUUACCCCUGGUUAGCGGACUCUUGGCCUGCCACCAGCCUGCCAGUCAACAGCAGCUCCGGGGGACCCAAUGACCUGAGUAACUUUGGCCGAGGAGAUCUUCCCACUGGGCAAGGAGAUAAGAGUGGCACCAUGCUCUCUGAUGGAGCCAUCUACAGCAGCAUAGACUUCACCACCAAAGCCAACUACAACAGCCCUGGCCAAACAUCCCAGGCCACUCCCUAUGCCACCAGCCAGAUUCUCCACUCCAGCAGCAUCCACGAGCUGGCGGUGGACCUGCCCGAGGCCCAGUGGAAGGCCUCCCUCCAGGCCAAGCAGGAGAUGGCCAACCUGGGGUACGCCCUGCCUGACAAGAACUCCUGCAACAACACCCUCCUUUUCAUACCUGACUACCGAUUGGCCGAAGGAUUGUCUAAUAGAAUCCCACACAACCAAUCACAAGAUUUCAGCACCACCAGCUCUCACAACAGCUCAGAGCGAAGCGGCAGUCUCUCAGGUGGAAAGGGAGGGAAGAAGAAGAAGACCAAGGGUGGCUCCAAACCAACUAAAGCCAAUGGAUCCAACUGGGCCAAUGUCCCCCUCCCCCCUCCCCCUAUUCACCCACUCCCUGGCACUGAAAUGGACCUUUAUCCCAAUGAGCUUCAUGAAGGAGGAGGGUAUGAGAGCGACGGCUGGGGCCCGCCUAUGCCGGUGCAGACCUAUCUCCACCAGGGCAUGGAGGAUGAGCUGGAGGAGGAGGAAGAGAGGGUCCCCACCCCGCCCAUCCGGGGGGUUGCAUCCUCCCCGGCUGCUGUGUCCUUUGGACAACAGUCCACAGCCACCCUCACCCCUUCCCCUCGGGAGGAGAUGCAGCCCAUGCUCCAGUCACAUUUGGAUGAACUGACCAGAGCAUACCAAAUGGACAUGGCAAAACAGUCAUGGCACAUGCAAGUGGGCUCUCUCCCCCCCCAGGCUCCAGCUCCUCCAUUGGGCUACGUGUCGAGCACAAUGGUUUCUGACCUGGAGACUGACGUACCUGAUGAAGAUGAGGAGGAGGAAGAGGAAGAGGAGGAGGAUGAAGGCUAUGGAGCCAGGCAUCCCCGCGGCAUUGAGCACACACCAGGGUCUAGCAUGGACAACCUGGACAGCUCUUUAACAGGGUCCAUGGUGAAUGGGUGGGGCUCAGCCUCGGAGGAUGACCGUAAUUUCUCCAGCCAUAGGUCCAGUUACGGCAGUUCGUCCGACGGCUCCAUCUUUACCCAAUGCAGCUUUGCCCAGGCCCUGGUGGCCGCUGCAGACAAGGCAGGCUACCAGCUGGAGGGCACUAGCCUCAGCAAGAGAGGUAAAGGCUUGUCCCACAGGCCCCGGCCCAGCAGUCCCUUCUCAACAGAUGGCAGCACAGUGGGCUCACACAGCCUGGGCCACCAGAGGGCCACCAGGCCCACACGCAAACCCCGAAGCCAGGGGACAGCACCUCCCCGCAGAGAUGCUGGUGGAGACGACCUACCUCCUCCCCCUGAGCCUCCUCCCUCUCAGGGGCAGGGGCGGGUCCAGGGGGCCCGCAGUGUGGCACCGCCCCCAGAUGGGAAGGCUUCAUCUCUGGAGUGCCCGCCUAUGUCUGAGCUGGAGGAAAUAAAGAGCAACAUUGACAGACAGACACGCACUACUCUGGAACAUCAUCGCCAGGCUCAGGACAGGCUGGGCUCCAUGGAGCGAGCCGAGGAGGGGCGCAGGGGACACAAAACAGAGGAUGGGUGCCUGCCAUACAACAAACCCUCCUUCCCCUCUCCUGGCGGCCACAGCUCCUCCGGCACCGCCUCCUCUAAGGGCUCCACAGGGCCACGCAAGGCCGAGGGGCCCCGACAGCCUCAACAGUGGACCGCCACAGAGCACGCUGAAUUCCUGGGGACCAAUGGACAGGGACAGUACUCGGGAGAAUUAUAGUGGUCUGCCUUGGAUUUGACCUGGAGAGCAGCCGCUCUGUCCUGGAGAGCAUGACGCCCUCGUUGUCGGGCUACGAACUUUGCCAUUAUUUGUGUGCCCUCGGAGAGAAGGAGUGCAGCAGAGGGCGGUGUCACAGAACUGUAAAUGCGAUGUAUAGACACAGACAUACUGUACAUCUCACUAUGUUUUCGUCCUCAAGAAAAUAUUUUCCACCUCCUACCUUACUGUAAUUUUUGUUUUGUUAGAAAAAAGCAAGUAAAAAAAAAAAGAAACAAUCUAUACAAGAACACAUUUUCUGGUAACUGCCCUUGGGAGAAAGGGCAUUUUGUUUCCUGUAAAUAUAUUCUUUACCAUGUUGUUGCAUUGCUAUGCAGGCCUAAUUCAGUUUGAGCUUUUGAUUUCCAUAUACAGAAACGGUUGGUUUUAUCUGGUUAUUUGUAUUAUAUGUGAAUUGAGUGGCUGCUGUGCCAUAAAAUAAUUGUUUUAUAAUCCAUUGUUUGUUAAUAGUUACCUUUUUAAUUAUUAUCAUUAUUAUAAUUAUUGUUUUUGCACUGCAAUUUUUGGUGAUAAGCACAAAAAACAUAGCUCCUGCUGACAUGAAGAACCGGAAGGACCGGAAGGUGAAGAGGAGUUCCUGUACUGUAAAGUAAAGAGAAGAAAUUAUAUAAUGUACAGAGAGAUAUUAAAGAGUACGGCUUUGCUCACAGACAGCUACAAAUAAGGCACCCAUUUCCAUAGUUGAGAGUAAAUGGGGCAGCAGACACACGAGGGUCCCCAGGGUCUGAGGGCAGAUAUGAGGCUGGAGAGCUGUGCACAGAGGAUACUGUAUUACUGUUGCUGACCUUGUUAAUUACUGAAUUCCCAAUUAACUGUCCAGAAAAACCAAUAGUUUAAUAACAGAAAUGUAGUGUUAAAUGCUUUGGACAACAUAUACAGACUAUGGGUCUUUUUCAAGUUGUUUUUAUGAUUUACUGCGUAAAUAAUUUAACUACACUGAGUUUACGCUGCUCUUUUAGUAUACAACAGCACACUAACCAUAAAACAGAGUCAGUGAAAUCUGUCCACAUGCUGUACUUUAGUCAUUGCACUUACAGAGGCAGAUUUAUGAUUCUUCUAUAGCCUUAACAGGUAAGCAGACAUCACACUUGGGAUUAGUAGCAAUGAUACUCCCAAACCUGCAUUAAAUAUCAGCGGAGCAACAUCAUUUGUUUACAUCUUUUAUGUUUUGAAUUUUAUGUCUUUAGUUCCAUCAUUUUAAUAUUGUUUGCUUUUCAGAGCACUUACUGUUUUAUGUUUUUUAUAUUAUUUGUUCAGUAUCGUCCAGAUAAGUGCUGUUAAAAUUAGUUCUCUAUUAAAGCAUUUGUUGCUCUAAAGGUUGGUGCCUCAACUACCAAUACACUAUGGUCGGCACAGCCUUAGAAAAAAAGUGUGUGUAUGAUUUACAAUGUAGCUUUGAUUCAAUGUUUGAAUUCAAACGAUAAAGUGAUAAUGGAGAAAAGCCUUGUAUUUUAAUAGCCUCUGCCUCCAUAUCUACAGCCACAGUGUUGAGCAGCGAACUUUCUACUUUCUAUCUGCCUGACCGUCACAAAACACCCACUUAUCAUCUGCCGCUUUCAACUUCUCAUCCUUUGAAUUGCAAUUUUGUGUCUUUCAAGACAGGUUUAUUAUUGGUUGUCCUUUUUUAGUGAAAGCUUGUUUCUUUUGUAUGCCUUUUACGGACUCCAAAUCGCUGCUUACAAACAUGUUUUCAAUAUUACUGUUCAGGAUUUUUGUGGUUCAAUGACUGUUUGUUUUUGUCUUUUUUGUACUGCUAAUGUUGAUAAAAGGGGGGUGGAAACGAAAGGCCGUCAGAAGCUGUUGUACUGUUGUCGUCAUGCCAUUGUCAUUUUAUAUCAUCCACCCAGUGGCCAGUGUUCUGGAAAUGAGGUGCAAAGAGUAUCUCAGGUUAUUUUACAUUCUGGUGGUGUUUAUGUAUGUGUAUAUAUGUGUAUAUAUCCAUACGCAUCUCCACUUGAUUAUGCCAUUCCAUUUUCAUUGACAAAAAUAUCCCUCUCAUGUCCAAUUCUGUCGUCCCCUCUUUUUCUUUUCUGCUGUGGAUUUUGAUUCUGAGUAUAAUGUGCUGGUUCAUCCAACUUAAGACAAGAUGUCAGUAAAAGAACAUACCAAAUUAAGAUUGAUAUUUCUAAUGUCUAAUGCGUUUUAGUGUCUCUUUAAUACUCAUUGUUUUCUUUUAAAUCACAGUGUCGUUUUGUAUUUAUUAAAAUGAUAAUAAAAGUAUAUUGUGAAAUAUGCAUAAAGAUUGGUGGAAUAUAAAAUGUGUUUUUUUGUUCCUUGUAAAGUUUGCUGUCCGAGCCGAGCAGCGAGGCCAUAAAGAGAUGAUGGCACACUGUGCUCACGGCGCGGUGCAAUGCCUUGUCAGUAGUUGCUGAGUCACUCUUCGUCCUGCAUGUUCACCACACUGCUCCUCUCAUGUCCAAACUAAGGCAACUUAAAACCCUUUUGAACACAAGGAGCAAAAAUGCUCACAAUUUGCUUGUCAAGACAAUAGAGAAAAUGUCUUUUUGGAAGGAUGAAAGUACUUUCACUUUCCCUCUCUUGUGUUCAUUUUCUCAAUAUUCUUGAUUCUUUGUAGCCUAUCUGUGUGUUGCCUUUUUGCUAUAAAAGAGGAUUAAAAAGUGACUUAAAAAGA